AGAUUGCCUCAGCUUUCAUUUAUUCCAUCUCUCGCUACUCUGUACAUCUGUCUGUCACCACCAUGAUCUCUCGAUUAAUCCCACGCUGCCUGCUGCCAGACUUCAUCUGGCAGGACAAUCCUCGAUCACUCUCCCAUGGGCAAAUACCACCCACCCCUCGACCGACUCACCCCCGACUGCGGCGACUGUGGGGCAUCGUACAUGACUACCUCCAACGGUUCUCGCAGGUGUAUUGCGGCUGGGUUGGCAUCCCCUUUGACAAUCAAAUCGCCCAGCUUCCAUUUGGGUUGAUCCUUAAAUGGUCGGAUGGCACCCGACUCGAAGAGGUUCUGGCAAUGCAAGUCGCCCGAGCAGCUGGAUUCCCAGUUCCACGAGUCAUCAGCUAUGGGGACCAUCCGAAUACACCGCAUGCACCGGUGUCGAUAUUGAUGACUCGUAUGCCUGGUGCAGAGUUGGGCCAGGUCUAUGAGAAACUAAGCAGCGAGAACAAAGAGUCCAUGUUGAAAGAGCUUAAGGGUUAUCUGCAGGUUAUGCGCGCAUGGCCAAACCCGUGGGGGAGUCGGAUCUGCUCGUUGGAGGGAACCGCAAUCCGAAGCGUCCGCAUCCCCAAUCACUUGGCCGGUCCCUUUGAAUCGGAAGAAGAGUUCAAUAACUAUUUGAUUCAACCGGCAUGGGCAGGCGGAUUCCCAUCUGAGGAGGAAUACAACCAUGCUCUCAAGGUUGCCCGAGGAAUAGAGAAAAUGCCACACCGUAUUGUUUUCAGUCACGGCGAUCUGAAACAUCAUAAUAUACUAGUCAAGAAUGGAAAGGUCACGGCAUUUCUUGACUGGGAGUCUGCGGGCUGGUAUCCUGAUUACUGGGAUUUUACUACAGCGCUGCGAUUUGCUCGCAAGGACUUCUGGUGGUACGAUUUUGUUCUGAGAAUCGGGGGUGAUGCGUACUUGGCAGAAUUGGACUGCGAUCGUGCAUUGAACUCUCUAACAAGCGCUUCAUAUUAUUGGUGAUGCUGUCCGACAAUCCCGUUGAGAUUAUCAACCUGGUGUCAGGCACAUGGAUGUGUGGUGUCUGGUCGGAAUUCUCCAAAGAGUCUUGGCGGGCGAUCAUUGGGGACUAGCUUCAUCAUACUCUACGGAUACAUUGAGAUCUCAUGUCAUCUCUCAGAGGCCAGAGACAAGUAUAUCACCAUCAACUCUCCCUCC